AUGGACCCAAACUCUGUCUUGCUUUCUCCUCAGUCCCGGACCUUCUCCUGUCUGACAGAGCCCAGCAUGGAAGGUGGGAGGAGCCCAGCCCCUCCCGAACUGGCCAGAGACUCCCUGUUUUCCUGGAGCCAGCUCCCCAGCUCCGGCUUGGCCGACCCUGACUGGUUUUGGGAUGAGCACAUCCAAGCAAAGAGGGCCAGAGUGGAGACCAUUGUCCAAGGCAUGUGCCUCUCCCCAAGCCCUCUGGGUUCAGGCAGUGCCCGGUCCAGGAACAGCCCCUGCUGCCCAGAGAAAGCCCAGAAACGGAAGAGGAAGCAGAGCCUUCCCAUGCAGCAAGGCCCCCAGAAACCAAGCCCUGCCAGGGACCAGGGCAACAGGAAGGGGCUGGGGACCCCUUACAUGAGAGAACAGCUUCACCUGCUGAAGCAGCAGUUAAGACACCUGCAAGAGCAUGUCCUGCAGGCUGCUGAGCCCAGAGGUCCAGCCCAGGGCCCAGGAGACUCAGACAAGGGGAAGGGCCCUCUGAGAGUAAAGCAGAGGAGUGGCGGAGGCUCUAGUCCUUGGACUGUGGACAGCGCCCUCCAUCAGGGCUCCAACAGGGACCUCUCCAGGGUGGACAGACACAGAAUGUCUGAGGCACCCGGGUUCCUUCCUUCUGGAGCAGAUCUGCGGGAGAUUCUAAGAGAGGAAUUGACCAGAGCAAUGUCCCAGACUGUGGACUCAGUAUUACAAAAGGUAUUAUUGGAGCCACCAGGCCACUUGGUUCAGGCAGGCCGAAGCUUCCAGGGCCUAGCACCAGAGGAUAGAAGCGAGCCCUCCCCUUCCGAGGGAGGUGCCUACAAAGAACCACAUUCUCUGGCUAUCUUGCCAAGGAGGGCCCAGCCACAGACUGGGGUUCCAAUGGGGCACUUAUCACUGGCCAAGCCCCUAGAUUCGCCUAGGUACCCUGACUCUCCAAGAAUGAUCCCUAAAUCCUACCAGGACCUCCCAACAAACUGUCCUUUGGCUGUGCCUUCCUGCAUCCCAGAAAAUCAGAUUCUUAGCCAGCUACUGGGUCAUGGGUCCAAUGGCCAUUGGAGUGACAGUCCCCUGCAGGACUCAGCUUCCCCAAGCCACCCCUCCUCAGAGUCUGUCCUGAGACCUUGGGGAGCUAUCAGACUGCGGCGACCAUCGACUUUGAGCCAGCAGCAGUACUCUGGGCCUUUCACCGCUGCCCACCUGGUGAAGAUGGAGCAGGUUGGCCUGCAGGCUGUUACCGAGGCGCUUCCCUUCUCUUCAGCCCACAUCCAGGAGGGCCUGAAUCCCGGUCACUUGAAGAAGGCCAAACUAAUGUUUUUCUUCACACGCUAUCCCAGCUCCAACCUCCUGAAGGUCUAUUUCCCUGAUGUUCAGUUCAACCGCUGCAUCACCUCCCAGAUGAUCAAGUGGUUCAGCAACUUCCGUGAGUUUUAUUACAUCCAAAUGGAGAAAUUUGCCCGGCAAGCGAUUUCCGAAGGUGUCACAAAUCCCAAAAUGCUGGUGGUUCUUCGUGAUUCGGAACUUUUCCGAGCUCUCAAUACGCACUACAACAAGGGAAACGACUUUCAGGUCCCAGACUGCUUCUUGGAAAUCGCCAGCUUGACAUUACAGGAGUUCUUCAGAGCUGUCUCCGCAGGGAAAGACUCAGAUCCUUCCUGGAAGAAACCCAUUUAUAAAAUUAUUUCGAAACUGGACAGUGACAUCCCAGAGAUAUUCAAAUCUUCCAGCUAUCCCCAGGAGCUGUUUCAAGUUAAGAACCCGCAAGUGGACUGCAUGCUGGACCACGUCAUGUUGCCUCCUGCAAUCUCCAACAGGCCCCCAUCCCAGUGA